AUGAGUCAGCCAAAAGAACCGUUUCGACAAGCUUCCACCACAAUCUCCCAACACGAACUCAAUGGCGAUUUGGGAGACAUUGCGACGGACCCAAAAACCUCCUCACAAACCCACAUUGAGAUUGGUGACGAUCAAGGCGACCGCGAAAAUAGCGCCCAGUCCACGGGUCAUAUCAACAGUAUCGAUUCAGGGCUAUCUCUGGCUUCACGGGAGACGUACACGGAAAUCCCCCAGCUCGAUGACGACGAGAGAGGGCGUGGGAAUCGAAUUGAGUCUGCCGAUCCUCCCGAAAAGGGGUCGAAGCCAUCCCGCCAGACCUGUGUUGAAGUCUCAGAAGUCGACAACGAUUUAGGCGACCAUGAGCAUGAUAUCGAGGCGACUGGCGAUUCCGACUCGGACAACGUGAAGAAGUCAAAGCCAAAAGAUGCCACCCAACCUACUACACCGCUCUUAGGUCCCCUACCACCAAGCAUAUCGCACCCAGCCGAUGGUGAGCCCAUUCUUCUUGGAACCAGUGCACGCCUUUGGACAUCACUGGUGCACCUGUUGCCUUUGGCCAUGUCCGUGGCGCUUGUUACCAUCAACUUCAAGCGGGUCUACUGGUUUGAUGAGUCUUGGAGUCCCCCAAAAUCCAAUCCACGUGAAACCGACUAUAUUACGGUGGAUGGCAUUAGGAAUGGUCUCCAGCUUGUUGCCAAAGUGCACGAGUUGCUGGUUGUGGCCUCGCUUGGCGCUCUCACAUUGAAGAUGUUCAAACGACGUCUUGUUGGCUCACGUCUUCCGUUUGGUUUGUUGACGGGCGCCUACCGGGUCGGCGAUAUUCCGUACGCUUUCAGCGGGCCAUUUUGGCGCGCCAUUGGGAGCGGUGCUUGGUGGUCCUUGGGCCUUAUCCUCUUCGUCAACACCAUGAUAGCUACACUCGUCGGCCCGUCCUCGGCUAUCCUGUUGGUUCCUGAGCUCGACUGGUAUCCGCUUCCCGGUCCUUUUCGCAACUUUCAGUCACCUGUUUUCUAUGAUCUCGCUCCAAACAGGACUCGGCCGCGUGUGGUUCACGAAGCUCUCUUGGAGAAAGACCACGACUUCGACUCGUGCAAUGGUUUCAAAGGCUGGUAUGCCUUCUGGUGUCCUGCGGGCGGCUACUCGGACCUGUGGAAUUGGGUCCAAGGAUGGAAGAGUUCGGAUCUUGGGAGAGACCUACUUCUGCAGGACCCUACGAACGAGGUGAUGCGCCAACUCUCCGUCAGAACCAUGGGUGGGAUGGGUUUGAGUGGCGCCAUUGUGACCACAAUUUCGGUACCACCGCUUCUUUCCAUUGGCCGCCUUCUGGCUUAUAUCAAAGAUCCACGCAAUGACGCCGGCACUAUCCACGAUGCCUCAAGAUUCAGGUUAUCAACGUCAAGCGAGUCGCAAAUUUUCCAGCCACUUGUCCAGACGUAUUGUACCGUGUACGAUGAUGACGAUUUGAGAGCCGGCCAUGCUGUAAUCAAUGUUUCGGAUACGCUAGGGAAUCUGCACCUGAAUUGUCUGGGUGAUUCCAACUGUGAGAAUAUGCUCAUGGGAGACGAACUUAUACCCGUUCCCCCAGAUAUUUGGUAA